GCCUGCUACCUAGGUACCUAAGGUAGCCUAGGAAUCAACAACUGGUACAUUCAUUCAAAAGUUGUCUUAAUUUCUCUACCUUUGUUCCGACGUCACAGCCUUCUUCACCUCUACACAUCCAUUUUUUCAUCUUUCUCUUCCUUUAUUCCAAGUGAUGCAGCGGUCCUAAUAGAUAGCCCUUGCAUACCAUUUUCUCUGAAAAAAUACCACGAGGAAAAGGCCUAUCUGCUUUUCACUUCAAUCAAUCUCUUGAUUUGCCUCGGAUUGGUUGACAUCUUUUCGCAACUAAUAGCAACCUUUUUUUUUUCCUGGUUCCGUUGUCCGUCCCUUUGCAAUUCAUGGUCUGCCAGCCUUGCUUGAAAGACCGUCAACUAUUGACGGCUUUUCACACCCUUUUAUAAUUAUUACCUCCGAAUCAUCUCAGCCCACGUUUUCGCCCCUCUAUCAGAGCAGUCUUUACACCUAUCGUCGCUUCUGAACUACGUAAAGUUUUCGCGGCUCUCACUCGCUAUUCAUAUAAACAAUGGCACCCUCCGGCCCACGAAAGGGAUCUGCCCCUACUGGCCCACGUAACAGCCGAGGCGCAGCGAAUGGUGCAAAGGCCGCUUCUAGAGGUGGGAUAUCGAAGCGUCGCGGCAAUACUACAGGCAGAGUGGACAAAGAUGGUGACCUCGAUAUGGAUGCACCUAGCGCCGCCAACCGCAACUCUCGGAAGACUAAGCGCGCCGAACCGAACGAUCCUACUGCAGCGGCUCGAUCUACGCGAUCGGCACCCAACGUAUCCCGCGCGCCGAGACCAAAUGCGAAGACGCAGCAAAUCAUACAACGGGUUUUCAACGGAACAGGUGGAAGCCUUUCUUCCCGCAUCGCCAACGGAAUGUCUGGGGCUGCUAAGGUCUUUAAAAGCACCCGCCCAGUCAACGCGCCGAAUACGAUGACACUCCAAGUUCAGGGUCUUAAAUCCAGCAAGGCUGCCAGCAACGAAGGAGGUGGACUCAAGGAGUUGCUGACCUUCCUGGAACGAAAAGCUCAGACCGUCUCGAAGACCGCACGAAGCAUAAGGAUUAAGAAGUCAUCCAUCAAUGGUGACUUCGUAUACAUCACAGCAAGCAAGGAAGAUGGGGAAGACAUUCUCAAGUUGAAUGGAUUCGCAUUCGCCGGUACAUCCCUUACUAUCACAGAAGCUCCCGGCGACUUGCCUCCGGCCAGCCAGAAUAAUAUGUCCUCGACUGCCCUCGAGGUAAGAGACGCGCUUCGUAACGUCCUUAGCCUUCGAUACGACGGCGGCGCGAAGCUACUAAAUCUAUCUGCCCUCGGUGAAGAUGCCAAGCUCAACCAGAUGGGUUUCUUUAGCGGGGAGAGUAAACCAGAGAAGCUAUUCCGCGCGCUAAUGGCAGUUUGCGAAGGGUUAUUCAAGACAGCCCAAGAAAAGCGAGACGCUGUCGCCAGUGUCAGCCUCGCGGGCAACAACAUCGACGACGUCCUUCAGAUCAUGUCCUUGACUGAAACUUUCCCCGACUUAAUCAACUUGGACUUGAGCAGAAACCAAUUCAAGGAUCUGAAAGGUCUUCAAAAAUGGCGAUAUCGCCUCAGGAAGCUCGAAACUCUUCUCUUGAAUGAUAAUCCCAUCGAGGCCGCAAAUCCCAAUUACGUAGCAGAACUAACGAACUGGUUUCCCCGACUACAAAAUCUUAGCGGCAUCCAAGUUAGGACUCCGGAGCAAGUGGCUGCAAUGGAAGCAGCAGCUCGGCCCACACCUAUCCCACAGCAUGGUGCCGACUUUCGGGACAUUAACGGAGUCGGCGAAGGCUUUAUAAAGGAGUUCGUGUCCAUGUACGACGUUGAUCGACAAAAUCUAGCGGCUAAGUACUACGACAAUGAGAGCACUUUUUCUAUCGCCGUAAUUAACAGUUCUCCGCACCCUCAGAAUAGUCAGCCACCAGGAUGGGGUGCAUAUAUCAAAUUCUCCCGCAAUCACAACAAGAUCACUCAUACUUCUACGAGAAUACAGCGUUUAUUUGUCGGGACAAAUCUUAUCCAAGGGGCAUGGCAACAAUUGCCUCCUACGCGGCAUCCCGAUCUACUGGCAGAAUUCAACAAGUAUAUUGUCGACUGCCACCCAGUCCACGGUCUCCCCGAUCCCUCCGGUGCAAGCCCAGUGGGUGUAGAUGGAAUGAUUAUCACGAUACAUGGAGAAUUCGAGGACCAAGAGCCCGGCACCAUGAAGACGGCCAAGCGAAGCUUCUCUCGUACUUUCGUUCUAGGCCCUGGUGCUCCGGGCAGGAAUCCUAUCCGUGUCAUAAGCGACAUGCUUUCGGUUAGGGCUUUCAACCCGCCACCUGGUUCGACAACGGAACCAGCGGCCCAACCAGCGGUCCAACCGAUAACCCAGCCAGUUGUUCAGCCAGUAGUUCAGCCAAUAGUUCAGCAAAGCGCAGACCUACAGCAACAAAUGGUGAUUGAGCUUUGUAACCGGACAGGUAUGACACCGGAAUACUCGAAGUUCUGUCUGGACGGGGCCAACUGGAAUUUUGAUCAAGCCCUCGUUAUGUUCAACGAAAAGAGAGCGCAAUUACCGGCCAACGCCUUCGUUACUACGUCUCAAUAGUAUUGAUGGCGAGAUUCAGAUAGGAUUAGCUCGGAAAUUGACUCGUGAAAAUACAGCAUAGACUUAGAGGAGUUUAUGGUUUAUGAGUGUUUACGUUGUACAAUGAUUAUGGGAUUUCGUUGGGUAGGUGACGCCUACGCGUGGCUAUGUAUAUACAGGAAAGGAGUCAGGUCAUGGCCUCAAGAAGGGCGAGGUCUAGGCGGAAUUCUCGAGCCCUGGUCGACUGAAUGGUCAGAUAGCGGCAGGUUCAACUAUGCCGUAGCAAAAUUUAGCUUCUGAAAAAUAAAUCAGUUAAUAGGCAAAUGUUUAGCGUGCCUGCGGAUAUUUCUCUCUUCAUUAUGUGAAGCAACUCGGGUUCAUAGAUGAUUAUUGAUACUGAUGGAAUACUACUCGUAAGGUGCUGAUACCUGUAGGUAACCCGAUAUAGCCUAAGCUCGAAGUGAAUAGCGAUGCCACUUGAUUUUGCACGAUAAUAGCUUGUGCUAUAUAACUUUCGAAAAGAAACACCGUCCAAUAGACAAGUGGUCGUUACGGUGGUCGGAUGCGGCGCGCUUCUUGAGCGGAGCGGAAAUAGAAUUAUCUAGCCACGAUACCGAACGGCUACCCUUUAGCUUUCGAAGCGAGAUGUACGGAAUAGCACGAUAUAAUAAAUCCCGAA